UUGAUGAGGCUGAAUCAGUCAGAAGAAGCUUUCGGACAUUUCAUACGGCGAACAUCUCUCUGGAUUAUAUAUGAUUUUUUUUCUUCAGUUUUUCCCACUCUUUGUUAGAUUUCUACCGAUGGCCAAUAGAUCCGGUGCGCUUCCUUUACUGAUGCUGAUAUUCCUAACCUGGAGGGGGGGCAUGCCUUGCUGUGCUAUCACAGUGGACCCCCCUGAGGACCUUGCAGUAUUAGACUCUGGUCGCCUUGGACGUUUGGAGAUUGUCUGGAGGUUACCAAGCAGCCUAAUGAACAUGACCAAGUGCCAGCUGCAGUACCAGCUGGAGUACUUCAAUGCAUACAAGAACAAAUGGGAGGUUCUCAGGACACUUAGUACGACCUACAGCGCCCAGUUUGACCUCUCCAAAGAUGUCCAAGUGAAGGUGUUCACCAUUUUGAACGGAGAGUGCACCAACAACAAGAUGAUAAAGAGCAAAGACUACAGUGAACUGGUUGUGAAACCUCCCAACACAGGGAUUUGGGAUACAGAAGCCACAGAUUUCACUUGCAUGUACCAUAACAUGGAGAAUCUGGAGUGCAUCUGGACCAGCAGCCAGAGGACCCCGGCCAGCGCACAGCAGAAUCUAUUUUUCUGGCAUAGAUUGCUGGAGCAGGCAGUGGAAUGCCCUAGCUACAUUUUUUCAGGUGGAGUCAGGAAGGGCUGCAACUUCACAGGAAAACCUCUUCCUGAAUUCUCUGAUAUCUACUUCUGUGUGAAUGGUUCGUCAUCUAAAGGGCCCCUGAAGCCAGCCUACUUCUCCUUGCAGAUCCAAAACCAUGUGAAGACUGCAGCUCCAGAUAAGCUGAAUUUGCAAACACGUCCCGACAGGCACCUGGAGAUUUCCUGGGAGAAUCCUGCUGGAAAGUUUAGUGUAGACUGCCUUGAGUGGGAAGUGAGACACCACCACGUGGGAGCUGAUGGAACUAUAUCGUCGAAACAGAUUCAUGCCCGGAACCCCAGCCUGACUCUGACUUUCAACAACAGCAGUGAGAUAAACUGCUUCAAGGUUCGGUCCAGGCUGAACUCAUAUUGUGUGGAUAAAAGCAUUUGGAGCGACUGGAGCCCAGAAACAUGUCAUCCAGAAAUGAAGAACAUAGAACCCACAGUUGAGCCAGAGAUGACCCUGGUUUCUGUCUACCUCUACAUUGCUGUUGCCAUCGUUGCCAUCCUGAUGGUGUCUCUCUGUGUAUGGGCAGCAAUCAACAUGAGGAAAUCAAAACCAGGGAAGAAAGUCGACUCUCUGCUUCCAAAGCUGAUUCCCAAAACAUUAACGCUGGGAGUGUCAAAGAUCUGCAGCAGCAAGAAAAUCACCACAGAUGUUAUGGUCUAAGACAUUUGUUCCCAAACAUUCCUUACUGAUCCUAUCUUGGGUUUACAGAAAGGGUUUUCCAUCUGCGCAAUUCCCACAAGAAUGAACUUAAAAGGAUUACAAUUGAAGAAAGAAAAGUCAACUGCAGUAAAAACCAUCGCGAUAAACGAAACCAGAAUGUCCUUUACAUCAGGAAAAACUAGCCGCUUUACAGUGAGUUUAACUGUUUAUAUUGCUUCGUAUAGAGAAACCAGCAUUGCUAUCAAAAUAUUUGAAAGAAUAACAAUGAAUUAAAUACUUUUAUAGCACACACUAUCAUAAGUGACACUGUUCCUCCCCUAGGGGGCGCACCCUGUGACCUACUCAGGACAUUUAGAGUUUUUCCUUUUGGUUUUGUUUUUACAUUUCUACCUGCUUGUUACUCAGCACAGAUACACUGACUGUAACUAGAUAUUUACAGAAAUGUCAAACUGAAAGAAGAAGCCUGUUUUUGUUUAUUAAACAGAGCUGAAAAACCAUUUUUUACAGGAAACACAGUGAUCGUUUGGUGAUUGUUUACUCUUUGCCACAGGUUCUGCUGGCUGAUUGUUUUAGCACAGAUUACAGGUGCCACAGUUAAACCUGAUGUUUUACAAUUUGCCAGAUCUCUUGCCAAGUUAUUUACCUACCAGGAAUUGUGAUGUUGUUGUUUAUAAUAAUAUAUGUGUAUAUUUCUAUAUCAGGAUAUUUACGUGCUUAAAUAGGGGCCUUAAGUCUUGCCAGAAACCAACAUUUUUUCUUUACAUAACAAGAAAAAGAAAGAUGAUGUUUAAUGGGUUCAAAAGUAUUUGCAUGUGACUUUGUUGCACAUUUUGAAACUGAAGUCGUCAUUCACCAACCUAGUAUUUCUAAUGCAAUUGAGCGUAUAAAGCUCCCAGAAGAAAUGAGUGCAUUCAGUGUUUUAAUGCCAUGAUCCUUGUCAGUUUUAGUUGUAGGGUGUGUAAUUUAAGCAGGACUACGGCUAAGUUUGAUUAAUCUGACUCUAACAAAUAUUCAGCACUGAUUAUAAGGGUUAAAAUUCACUGUACUACCCCACUUCUUGGUUUCAUUUUAUUUUUUUAUUUUUUUAUUAACUGUGUUUUGUGUGUUUUUAUGUUUAUUUUAUGGAUCUAAUAACCAAUGAAUAUAAAUGGAAGUGUGGGUCAUUUAAUGAAUGUAUGCCUUCAUAUUUACAUUAUGUGCAGCUUUUCCAUAAUCAAAUUGUUUUGGAAGAAUUUUCAUGUUUAUCAAUUAACAACCAAAAAAGAGCAAUUAUGUAUUUGUAUUGUUUUUCCGUCUUCCUCACAUUCUAAAUGAGUCAUGUCAGAUUUACAUAAACUGUUGAGAUGUUGGACCUUUUAGGUUUGGUAUGAUAAAGAAAACCAUUUAAAUUUGCAUUCUUCCUUGGGUUUGCAGGUUGUACUGCAUCAAAAUGAAUGUACAAGACCUCGAAUUAGCAAUAUAGAACAAAAUGCAUUUCAACUUAUAUUAAAGAAUCUGAAAUUUCCUACAGUAUAUGUGGGUGAAUUGAAAGAAUAUUGUUUGUGCAUGAAGAUCUGGGUUAUUAAGAGACCAGAAAUGUUUUCUUCUGUAAGCAAAACAUUGGCUUUCAAUGUAAGAUUUGUCACCGCUUUUGUGAAGCUAUGAGGUGAUUUGUACAUAUUUCUUUCUGUAACCCAAUUUGAAUAAAGUAUAACAAGUAAAACAAUAAA